AGGGCUAGCUGGAGCAAUGACAUUGUACCAAACAGAGAGCAAGUCAGACACGAAGUGGCUCACAGUUUGUAAUUUCUCAUGCUUUGAAACUUUAAAUUAGCGUCGACAUGUCACCCACCAGCACGGGUUUUACAGAGGAGGCGCAGCACAGGGGGGCACAGUCUCCAGUGGGCAUGGAGUACGUCCCCACAGAGGAGGAGAGGAGGGUGUUUCAGGAGUGCAACACUGAGAGCUUUUGGUACAGGUCGGUGCCCUUCUCUGUGGUCAGCAUGGCUAUCACUCAAGCCCUAGUUGCCAAAGGGACUCUGUCUGCAUCUCCAAGGUUUGGAUCGCUACCCAAAGUGGUCUUCGCUGGCUUCUGUGGCUACCUGGCUGGGAAAAUGUCUUACAUGAAGAUAUGCCAGGAGAAGUUUAAGAGGUUGGAGAACUCCCCUCUGGGAGAGGCCCUCCGACAGAGGACAGGGCUGCCUCCUCAGUAUCCCAGUUCCAAAGGUCCUCAGUCAGAGUUGAGUGACCCAGACACCCCUUCAUUUGACGCCAUGUUCGCGCCAGCAGAGGCCCCCGGCCAGAUGCCCAUCAGCCACAGAGAUUAUGGAUAUGGCCACAGUUCAGACUCGCUCAUGCCAAUGGGCAAAGCAGAUGACCUCAGCGCUCCAGUGGAAGAAGAGGAGCCCAGGAAGAAGUCCAUCCUCUAUGAGGACCUCAGGCUGAAGAACAGAGAGAACUACGAGGUCACGCUCACACAAAAGGCCGAGACACUGCUCAAAACUUCACCUGAGAAGGAGCCCGGGAGACCCAAGAAAGAAGUGAAGAAGAACAUCUAUGGAGACACCUGGGAGGACUAAGACGUUAUCUGUACGCUGGCAUCUCUGAUACUGCAGUACAGUAGGCUGUGCCAGUGUGAUUCAUGUGUCAUGAAGUUGUUGUGCUUCUGAUAUAGCCAUAUAUAUAUA